AAUUAUCAUAGAUGUUAAUUCUCACAACAGAAAUGAAAGUGCGGAAAAGCAAAAAAAUGAACCACUAAGCAGACAUUCAUGAAGAAAUAAGAAAUAGAUUGCAAUUAACAUGGGAUGUCAACCAGGACUACAGAAGUAAGGAAUGUGUGUCAUGUCCAUAUCAUGAUUUUAGUCACCAAGAAAAAAAUCGAUUAAACUUUGAAUUAUGUCUAAUCCAUUUGGUACACCUUUUACCAGCCAGCAGAAUUCAGCUGUGUUUGGGAGUACUACCAGUCAACAAGGUGCAUUUGGUGCUCCAUCAGUGUUUGGACAGCAGUCAGUAUUUGGACAAACUACAACAACUUCUGCUUUCCCUUCCACAGAUACGGUUAGUACUUCUGGAAGUGUGUUUGGACAGGCCCAAGCAACUACGGUAGGAACACAGCCUGGUUUAUUUGGCAGCAAGGCAAUGCCACCACCAUCUUAUGCCAGCUCAGUGUUUGGACAAAGCUCAAGGUUUGGACAGGGUUCAGUAUCUGGACCAAGCUCUGAAGGGACAGGUAGUUCAGUAUUCAGUAAGCCAGCUACAACCAGCUCAUUAGGGACACAGAAUGUUUUUGGAGGAACACCAUUUGGAGGUGGUAGUAACCUUUCACAUUCAACUGGCUCUGGUUUAUUUGGAAAUCCUGGACAGUCAUUUUCAUUUCAGAAAUCUACCCAGCAGACAUCUUCAUCAUUUGGACAGCCCACAACGCAGUCAAAUAUUUUUUCUUCAGGUGGAACCCCAUUUGGAAGAGAAAGUAGUGGAAAUGCAUCAAGUGCAGCUCCCUCACUAUUUACUGGAUUAGCAACUGUAAAGAGUGAGCCAUCAUCUGCCACUUCAUCCUCAACUGGACUCUUCGGGAAACAGUCAGCUGUGGCAGGGAGUAAUGCAGCUACAUCAAAUUUAUUUGGGAAGCCUAGUGAUCCAGCAAGCAGCAGUGUAGCAACAUCAAGUUUGUUUGGGAAGUCCACAACAGCAAGCACUGGGUCUAUCUUUGCUAAAGUUGAAAAGGUAGAUGAUGUUAAACCUACUUCAUUUGGAGGUGGUUAUCAGACAAAUACAGCUAGAAACCAGGAUAUAAAACCAACAGGGCUAUUUGGCAAAGUGAAACAAGAGAGCAUAGCCAAUAGUGCGGAGACCAAAACUCUUCCAUCUACAAUAUUUGGAGGAAAUAGCAGCCAGCAGGAGAAUCUAUCUGCAGGUACUGAUAGAGCUCAAGGUAAAGGGUUGUUCGGCAAGGGGAAGCCAGAAAUUAGUGAGGAAGAGCAUAAAGGGUUGUUUGGAAAAAGAAAGCCAGAACAUGGUGGUGCUAAAGAUACAGGACUUUUUGGAAAGGGGAAGACACUCAGUCAGACACUGUUUAGAAAUCCAGUGAAAGAAGAAGAUAUAACAAAAGGUUGUGAUGAUACUGCUGGGUACAGUCAGGAAAAUGAAGAUGAAAAUCCAUUGCAACAUCAUUCAGGGCUAGGAGGAAAUAGAUCGUCAACAAAAGGACUAUUUGGUAAACCUUUCCAGAAAGGAGAGACAUCUGGUACUGGAUUGCUUAGUAAGCCUGCAAGUUCAAGGGCAAGAGCACCAUCCACUUCAGAUGACAAAGAAGAAUCUAAAUCAUCAUUGCGACGUCAGAUGUCUGAAGAGAUCAGUAGCAAGGUGGCGAUUGUUUGUAGAAAUGUCCCGCACAAAUACAAUACAAUCAUGAAUUUGAGGUCACACUUCAAAAGAUUCGGAGAAGUCACAAAGGUGUUUCCGAACCAGGCCAAAAUGCAGGCCACUGUACACUUCAGGACACAUGAAGCUGCAGCAGAGGCAAAGGUGCGGGGACGUAUAUUAGCUCGAGGUGUGCUGCCUAUGACAAUAUUUUGGAGUCAGUAUGCUAGGACAGCUACUCCAAAGGCUACCAAAAGUUCUCCUGAUGUUGAUGUGAAACCCACCAGGCCUGUAAAACGAACCAGUGAUACUGACCUAUUGCCAAGGUCUAAGAAACCAUCAUGGAAGGGCACUGACACCGUGGAUGAAGAGCUAGAGAAUAUGGCGGGGACACAGGAUAUAAAGGGGAGAGUAAAGGAACUAACGAGAUCACCAGAGAAACGAUCCAGGAGUGUCAGUCCUACCCCAUCAACUUCUUCAUCAGUUGAUAUCAAAUCUGACAAAAUUGUUACCAGCAUGUUUGAGGGAUGUGUUGCCAGGACAACGACGGAACGAGUAAACUUGCUGAGGUUAAGGGAUAAAUAUAUCAGACAAAAUCGUGUGAAGGGAAAGAAAGAUAUGGUGAAGGCUUUUGUUGGCACUUGUCCAGAUAUGUGUCCGGAGAAAGAGCGCUAUGACCGUGAGGAUAAACGUCAGCUUAGUUACUAUGAGAUUAUUCCAGGGACAGAAAACAUUCCUGGUAGAAACCCACAGGUUGAUCACAGUAGAGCAGUUAAGGAAUACCUGAGGUCAUCACCAGACCAGGAUGAACCUCUUCCACACGAGUUACGUCCCAUUCCAGUUUUACAGUCAACCAUGACGUACUUGCUAUGUGAAGUGGCUAACAGGGAGGAGGAUGGGCGUUGGGGUGACUGGUUCGACUUUCUCUGGAACAGAACUAGAGGCAUAAGAAAAGAUAUUAUCCAGCAGCAGCUGAAUGACAGAGAUGCUGUAGACCUGAUAGAAAAAUGUGCGAGGUUUCAUAUCUACUGUUCCGAGAGGCUAUGUGAGGAGGACAUGCAUUCCUUUGAUGCCAAAAUCAACAACGAGAACCUUACCAAGUGUCUACAGACUCUCAAAGAGUUUUACGCUGAUUUAGAGAAGAAACAUAAAUGUUACUGUGAAAAUGAAGCUGAGUUUCGGGCUUACAUGGUACUAAUGAAUCUAAAUCAAGGAGAUAUAUUGAGAGAAGUGCAGCAACUGCGACCAGGUAUUCGAACAUCACCAGCCAUAAAGUUUGCACUUCACGCUUACUUUGCUCUCAAUGGGAAUAAUUACAUCAAGUUCUUCAGGCUUGUGAAGCAGGCAUCAUUCAGUAAUGCAUGUAUAAUGCAUCGUUACUUCACACAAGUCAGGAACAGAGCCCUCUUACUGAUGAUGAGAGGUUACAGUAUGGGCAACAGAUCAGCACAGAUACCUGUAAGUGAGCUUGUGCGCCUACUUGGAUUUGAGAGUGAUAGUGAAGCGACAGAUUUCAGUCAACAUUACGGUUUUAAUGUGAAUGAUGGUGAGAUGGUCCUGGACAAAGCAGAGUAUAUUGAGCCAGAUACUGCUUGGCUACCUGUGAGAAGUGUCAGCCUCAUAGAAUCUAAGUUAAUGGUGUCUCCUGGAGAGUUCAUUAAUGGCGGAACAUUCAGAGAAACUACACAUUUGUCACCUGUAUCAAGUUUUGAUGAUAAUGGAAGAUUUCACAGUCAAAUUGAGUUGCCUAAGAAAGGUUUUGAACCAGCAAGUAGUAGCCAGGCAACUAGCAGCACUCAGCCCCCUAGCAACAUACAGCAAGCAGAGGUCAAGGUGAAACAUGAACCUGUACAGGAAGAAACAGAGAGAGGAGCUGCUGUAGAAGCAGAUAAACCAUCAUUAAAGAAGGUUCCAGUGGAGUUUGUUAAGGAAUGGUUUAUCAAGGAUUCAGCAAAGUUUUUGUUCUGGGAGGUUAUAGAUGAAAUGUGUAAAGGUAUAGGUGAGGAAGUGAAAUCAGAGGUGGAUGCUAAACUACAUUUCUCCAAUGACUACUUGGAGGGUAUACUGAUCCCAACACUGAAAAAUGAGAUCAGAACUGUGUGUGAAGACACUUACGAGGAAGCACAGGAACAGAAACGUAAAGCAUUGCACUUGGAGAAGGAGUUGAGACGUGACAGAGUAGCUGAACUUCUCACUGAUGAUUUUGUCAAUGAUCUUAUUCAUCAGGAAUCAUUGAAUUUGGCCACAAUUGAAAUGAGGGAAGUUAAAGCUCAGUUGAGAAGAGAAUGUAUAGAGAGAGUGACUAUUGAUAUUAAUGAUGAACUUGUUGAGGAGGUCAUGAGUGAAAUGGUUGUGGAUGUGUCCGAAGACGUGUUUGAAACAGAUGUCAGACAGAGGCUCAAACAGCUUGACGAUUUUGAGAAACUGGUAAAAUUGAGCAGGGCUGGAAGAUUUUGGCAUAAAUGGAAAAAGGAAUAUAAGGCAGUGACUAAAUUAAAACGUGCAAUGGAGGAAUUUCCAUGUGCUCCAAAUAUGCAAACAAGAAAGGAGCAGUUGAACUUGUUACUUAAUGUUGAUAACGAAAGUAUUGUGGACAAGAAGUUCUAUGUGAAUAAGAGAGCAAAAUUAACAAUAGAGACACCACUAGAAAUAGAGAAACAUAGAAAAGAGACAGAGACAUGUGCUCUCGUACAUCGUUUAUACAGAAAUCUCCUCCAUCAGACAGCCUGGGCUCCUCUUGAUCUCGGGAGACUUGUUGGAAAGGAACUUAAUCGGAAGGCCAGACAUGUACACCAGCGAAAUACCCUGAAAGCAACAACAUUAUUUUGGAAGGUGUUGUUGUGUCUGCCAGAUGUUGAUGGCAACAGUAUCAGCAACCAUUCAGAGGCAGCCACACAUAACCUGUGUAAAUGGCUAAAAGUGAGGUUCUCCAAGGGGUCAUCUUUAUCAUCCCAACUUGAUGUAAAGGGCCACGUUUUAAGCUUGUACAAAUGUCAUUUGGCAGAUGCUCUGGCAUCAAAGCCCGUCAGUCUAGGCGUUUGUGUUAGGACUGUAGAAGGACAGCUGGAUGAUGAUGAUAUAGCAGCUAUAGAAGAGACAAGUCUCUAUUUGGGAGCCAAUGCUCUAUUGUUUCUCCUACCUGCUGGUGCCCUACUCAGCAAGUUAAAUUCUGUUAAAAGUGAUCAGUAUUGGACAGCACAGUACUUCAGACUGAAAGCAAUUCUUGACGUGAAACCAAGAUAUCAAGGAUUCCCAUUGGUUAUUGUGAUUCCAGUGCCAGCCAAUCAGAGCGUGUCUUUGAUACAGAUUGUAAAAUGUUUAUCUUUAGAGGAAUUUUUAGAUGAGGAGUUACUGAGUGAUGUAGAGCUUGUCACGUGUGAGCUGAAUGAGAAUAGACCUGACGGUAUAGACCUGACUGACCCCAGAAUCAGUGAGGAGUUAUGUGAGAGUAUACAGUGGUUAGCCAAGAAAAGCAAGCCAAUACCAUGUGUUACUGUGCAGUAUUUUAAAGAUACUGUGGAUUUGACACUGCAUCAACACUACUACACACCAGUUCAACAUAACCACAAGAAGAGAAAACAGUUGGAAAGGCUUAACAAGGAUCCAAACAGUUUACUGGGAUUAUACAACACAGUGAUUACCCAUUUAAGUGAAGUGCUCACUUCAGAAAGGCUAUUCAAGGUGUCGUGGCCAGUGGCAGAGUUUGCCAGCAAACAAAAUACAGACUUGCCACCAAAUCACUGGAACAGGGGAGAUCAUUUGGAAUAUUUAUUCAGCAUAGUUGACUCCCUUAGAUUACCAAAGUUUGAACUAAGCAACCCUGAUCCAGAAGACUGGUUUGAUGUUAAAAGAGACCUCUGGGAGUUUGUGUCAUCAUUUGCUGGAAGUGAUUACAGUGGAGCUAGGAUCAAGUUAUUUUCUAGAUUGAAGAACUUAAUACAUAAACUGGAAGUAGACUUUGAGGAGGCAUGUUAUUUCCAGUAUGGAGAAGCAGACUGCCAGCCAACCUUUUUUAAUGUCCCGUGGAGCACGGUUGUCUCACUGUGUAUAGACUACAAACUAGACAGUAUAGACCUUACUGAUCCACAUACACCAGACCCUCAGGAGAAGAGAGAACUAAAAGUAGCAUACAUCAAAGAAGAAAUGGAGGGGUUUAUUCCGCCAGAAUCUUGGAAACAUAUCGAGGCAGACAGGACUGUGCUAGAAUGUCCAGCUCUUGAAGAUACAGUGAAGAGGGUAGUAUACAGGGUUCAGGAAGAAAGGAAGAAAUCCUUGAUGAAAACAGAGAUAUCCAUCACAGAGGAUCCAGUCAAUGUUUCUGUUGUUGCCAUGGACACAAAGAAAACGUCAAGCACACUGAUCAAAUCUUUGAAAUCUGAAAGAAGACAGUCGGAUCAUUUUCAGAAAUACUUGGAAGAUGCCCUUAAAGAUGUGGACCCAGAUCUGAAUCAUUCAUUGACAGAAAGUGCCUCAUUUUCUGUGUUUGAGACUGAAAAUCAGUCAUUUGGUGCAGGAAAUUUUUCAUCAUUAACCAGUCGGAGAAGAUUUAGCUUCGAUCCUGUGUCCAAUCAAAAAAGUUUUGAUGCCACAUCCUAUUUCAACCAGUCACAAAAUAACAUUUCAGCCAUAUUUGCUCCAGAGAAUGAAGGGAGGACACUCUUACCUCCAAGUAGAAGAAAGUCUGACAUUGGUUUGCAGGAGUUAUCUGUCUUGCCUGGCAAGAAGAGGCGUGAGAGACUUUCUGAGAUUUAUAACAAUGAUAAAGUGAUGAUGUAUAUUAAGGAACCAACAGUGAGUGAAGACGUGGAAAACUUCAGGGAAAAUCUGAAAGCAAGCAGGAGGGAGAGUGAUUUAUUUGAGAAGAAACUGAGGCUGAUGCUGCAAGACCGUCCAGAAUCUUUCUGAUUUAAGAUACUGUAAUUAAACAGUAAAUGGACACAGACCAUCAUAACAGUUCUGUGAGUUUCAAAAAACAUGUACUUGUCAAAAUUUAGGACUGAAAAUCACAAUGAGGAAUACUUAGAGCAAUUGGAAUGUAGAAUUAAACCAGUUUGUCCAAUAUUUAUAUAAGUCUAGGACAGCCGUAUCCAUGUGAGGCCAUCCUUUUGAUGUUUAAUUGCAAAUUUAGAAUUAUGGGCUAAAAUUGACUGAGACAGUGACAUCAGUAAUCAAACAUAUUUAUUUAGUUUGAUAUAUAGACAGCCAGAACAAUGGUAAGAUGAACUCUUCAGAAUACAGCAGAUAAAUUGUGAUACAUAUGAUAUAGUUUAUGCAACAUCUUGUUAAAGGUACAGUUAAACUUGGUAAACCUUAUUUCUGCCCAUUUUCAUACUGCAGAAAUUAAAUAAAUUUAAAGUGAAGUAAUGAGGUCUAUAAAAAGUAUGAUUUCGGAUGCUUGAUAGUAAUUACAUUGCAUUGUUUAAACAUUGUCCCAGGCACCUGGUAGUUCCUGGGUUAUAAAAUUGUGUUUAAACAUACAAGUUUGUGUCAUAGUGUUCAAUAAAUAAAUAAUACUGAAAUAUCUGCAAAUAAAUUGUUCUUCGGCAAAAAUA